AUGCACACGGGGCCUGGCACCGCCAUGGCCAGGUACAAAUACCCCGAGGGUGGCAGGGCCCGAGGGGAGGCCCCAGGGGCUCACGUGGCUGCUCUUACAGAUCGGAAGUUAAGCGACGUGCGGAUCAGGUUUGUGGACAGCGUGAGCAAGGCAGCGAUCAGCACCCUGCUGGACGACCUGCUAGAGAGACAGGUGCUGAACGAGGAGGAAGUGGAGGAGGUGAAGGAGAGCUACAGUAAGAAGCGUGACCAAGCCAGGUGCCUGAUUGAUGGGGUGAGGAAAAAGGGUGCCAGAGCCAGCGAAAUAUUCAUCGAGCGCCUCUGCGUCAGAGAUGUCCACCUGGCCACAGAGCUGGGGCUCGGAGCCCCCUCGGGGACUGCUGCAGAAACCCAGCCAGCGCCAUCUCAGGAAUGGAUCCAGCCCUGCCCCCGGGAAUUCGUCCAGCGGAUCCAGAAGGAGGAAGCAAAGGAGAUCUAUUCCAUCCUGGACAAGGUGACGCGAACCCGCCUGGCCCUCAUCAUCUGUAAUGUUGAGUUUGAGCAUCUCCGCAGGAGGGACGGGGCUGAUGUGGACGUGAAUGGGAUGAAGAGGCUUCUAGAAGGGCUGGGAUACAAGGUGGAAACUCACUGCAACUUGAACGCCCAGGCCAUGGUGGAGACCCUGAAGCAGUUUGCCGCUCGGAACGAGCACCGGACCUCGGAUAGCACCUUCCUCGUGCUCAUGUCUCAUGGCGUCAGGGCUGGCCUGUGCGGGACAAAAUGCCAAGGCGAGUCCACAGACAUCCUUCCCAUUGACACCAUCUACAGCACCUUCAACAACAAGAAUUGCCAGGCACUGCUGGGAAAACCCAAAGUGAUCAUCAUUCAGGCCUGCCGUGGGGAGAACCACGGACAGGUGUUGGUGAGUGACUCUGCAGAGCUCCCUGGAGACGGCUCCAGCCUCGCUCCGCUGCCCCCUGAAGGGUUAGAAGAUGAUGCAAGUCACCAAAUCCACGUGGAGAGUGAUUUCAUCGGUUUCCACGCUACAACGCCAGACACUUUGUCCUGGAGAUGUCCAAAAACUGGGUCCGUCUUCAUCACCCGUCUGAUAGAGCAGCUUCGAACCAAUGCCUGCCGCUUCCCCUUGGAGGAGAUCUUCCGAAAGGUCCAGCUCUCCUUUCAAAAUUUUCCUCGUCAGAUGCCCACCAAGGAAAGAACUACCAUGAUAAAAAAGUUCUAUCUGUUCCCAGGCCAUUAGAACCAGCCCCACAAUAAGCCAGCGCAUGUCCCAUGGGGGCCCUGCCGCAGUCAGCGUCUG